CAGGACUGGCCAAUGGUCGCGGUGUUGUUGAAACUGAAAAUACUACAUUAUGCUAAUCAUAGCGGGGCCCGCGCGCGAGGGGGUGGGGCCGGCGCGUAUAAAGGGGGCACAAGCCGGCUGGGCGUUCCACAGGCCAAGUGCGCUGUGCUCGAGGGGUGCCAGCUAGGCCAGAGCGAGCGAGCAAGCACCGAGGGGGCGCGGCUGUCGGCCUGACCAGAGAACCAGACGCAGGAGCAGUCCACGACCAGACAGCCAGCCCCCCGGCCAUGUCCGACGUGUACCUCCGCAGCACUUCAACGAUGGAGCGCCUGGUCUCCCGUGGAACCUUCCCCAUUCUUGCGCGCUCCAGCGCCUGCCGCAGCCUCUUCGGGCCGGUGGACCAUGAGGAGCUGAGCCGUGAGUUGCAGACCCGCCUGGCGGAGAUGAACGCCGAGGAUCAGAACCGCUGGGACUACAACUUCCAGCAGGACGUACCACUGCGGGGCCCUGGACGCCUGCAGUGGACCGAGGUGGACAGCGACUCCGUGCCCGCCUUCUACCGCGAGACGGUGCAGGUGGGGCGCUGCCGCCUGAGCCCCUCGACGGCUUCGGGGAGGCGCCGGACCAACCGCCCAGCGCCCCGACCCAGGCGCCCGCCCCAUAGCGCCGAGCAGGGCGCGAACCAGGCGCCGCGCGGCCAGGAGCCUCUUGGAGAUCAGCUGCACUCUGGAAUCUCGGGACGUCCUGCAGCCGGCACCGCUGCCGCCAGCGCCAACGGCGCAGCGAUCAAGGAGCUGUCCGGGCCUCUCAUCUCCGACUUCUUCGCCAAGCGCAAGAGAUCUGCGCCUGAAACUAAGUCGUCGAACGACGUCCCGGCGGGAUGUCCCUCUCCUAGCGCCACCACCGGGGUGGGCGCGGCGGAGCAAACUCCGCGCAAGAGACUGCGAUGAGCUAGUUUAGAGCCCAAAGAGCCCCCAGGGAAUCUGCUGGGGCGGUGGACGUUGGAAGAGCGUUGGGCCUAGGCUGGGGCCGG